AUGGCGGACGAUGUCCGAGUGAGAAAAGAGGAGACUUGUUUACCAGAAGAUGUCGAGCAGGACACAGAGAAGGGGUCACGUCAAAACAAAGGCUACAAGAGCAAGGAGGAUCCAUUUGGCGAUGAGUCUAAGUCCGAAGUCAAAUACAAAACAAUGGCAUGGUGGCAGGCGGGUAUGAUUAUGGUCGCGGAAACAAUAAGCUUGGGGAUACUCAGUCUACCGAGCGUAUUGGCAGCGUUGGGCAUCGUACCAGGAGUGAUUCUGAUCGCUGGCCUCGGUAUCGUCGCAACAUACACCGGCUACGUCCUCGGGCAAUUCAAGCUUACCUAUCCGCAUGUUCACAAUAUGGCAGACGCAGGCGAGAUCCUGCUUGGUCCUGUAGGCCGCGAGAUCUUUGGUGCAGCGCAGAUGCUGUUUCUCGUCUUCGUGAUGGGCUCGCACGUCCUGACCUUCAGCAUCAUGUUGAACGUGCUUUCCAACCAUGGAACUUGCAGCAUCGUCUUCGGGUUCAUUGGUCUCCUCGUAUCUUUGAUCUGCUGUCUCCCUCGAACUCUUCUGAAAGUCAGCUACUUGUCUAUCGUAUCCUGGAUCUCGAUUCUUGCUGCCGUCAUCAUAGCCAUAGUCGGUGUCGGCAUUGAGAAGCCUGACGCUCACGUGCAGGCAACAGUACAUAAGACCUUCCCGAAAGCUUUCCUGGCGGUGACGAACAUCAGCUUCGCCUACGCUGGUCAUGCCACGUUCUUCUCCUUCAUCUCCGAACUCAAGGACCCGCGUACCUACCCAAAAGCCCUUCUCCUGCUUCAAGGCAUUGACACAAGCAUGUACAUCACUGUCGCUGUGGUGAUCUACCGCUAUGCCGGCACCAAUGUCACAAGCCCCGCGCUUGGCUCCACAACACCACUUUUGCAGAAAGUGGCCUACGGUAUAGCCAUCCCCACGAUCGUUAUUUCAGGCGUGAUCAACGGCCACGUCGCCGCCAAAUACGUGCUCGAGGCUGAUAAACAUCGCUUGCAGUGCGGAUUAGGUCUCUACGCGUCCGGCAAAGCUAUACACGAAGACUCUACGAGUGCAAAUGGCAGUUUUUCUUGUGCUGAUAACGGGAAGAGUGGUUCAUGA